GGCGUUGCAGACCGAGCACGCGAAAUACAAGUCGGCCAGCGUCCGCCGAAAGACACGAGGUGUCGCGACGUCGUAUUCUCCACCCGCAAACAAGUGUUCCCGAGCCACCAGUAGCUCAUUCGACUUGGAUCAAAUAAACGAUAAAUAUUCCUCUGAAGCAAUUGUUCCGUAAAAUGUUCUCUCGUCAAUCACGAGUUUAACGAGCGUCGAAACGCUUGUAGAAACGAUUUCAUUUCUCGCGUAAUUUACGAUGAACGAUGAGCCCUCGUUCGUGAGCGAAACGUGUCUGAUCUUUCGGAAGGGCGAAGAGAGACGCGAUCAAUCGUCCGUGAACAAGGCAGUCGAUGCGAAAUUUGGCCGUGGCGAAGCACGACCUCGAAGAGGGCGAGAAACGUGACUAAACUCGAAGGUACGAGAUCAACCAAACUUUCCGCUGACGUAUGUUGACGUGAUACAUCUGACAGUGUUAUUUGCUGACAAGCAAGAAAUCAACGAACAUUGCUUGAUCCUUCCAUCGGUCUAACUAAAUAGAAACACGUGCACAUCGAAAAAAGAGUUUCGAGACCAAGUUCUAACGAGUAAGGAAAAACUCUUCUCUACCGCUAAGUACAGCAAGAAGCACGUCGAGAGGAAUUCAACGGCCGUGUUUAUCGAUAGACGACGAUCGUAACUCUGUUUGAACAAGUUUCAAACAACUCGUUAUAUAAUAUAAUUAUAUAACGUUCUUUGUCAUCGGUGUCGUGACCUGCGAACUAUCGAUUGAUUUCUACGAACUAAACGUCGACUAGUUUCUAUAAAUCAAGCAAACCUCCGCAUUGCCAGCAGAAGUUCGUCCAAGUCCGAUCGCUGGGAACGAUGAACAACCAGGGAUUUAGCGUCGAAAAGAUACGCGGCCAGUUUACACCGUGUAAAUUCUCUGCCAGCUAAAACACAAAGGAAUAUCCUUUACAAAAUACUUCAGUGAAAGAAAAAAGACGGACAAAGGAGAGAAAGGAGGAGGGAAGAGGAUGGAUAGAUCGUCAGUUGUUCUCCAAAGAGCGCUUUCAACCUCCCUAUUUCGAGCAUCGUAAGAGGGACUAACGAAGCUAUGAUCGGGAGCAAAAUGUCGGUCGAAGUGAGAGCGGGUCGACCAACAAUGCCAACAAUUUCACAAUCCAAGAGACCAACAAUUUUAGUUUAUCCGACAGUAACUCCAGAGAGUAUCAUCAUUCCAAUAGUAUCAUGCAUACUUGGAUUUCCAUUGCUGGCUCUAAUGGUUAUCUGUUGUUUAAGAAGAAGAGCAAAACUCGCGAGAGAACGAGCUCGAAGAAGAAAUUGCGAUCUAGAUCACGGGGCUCUCAGUCUCGUUCGUUUUAGCCCUGUCCAUCGUUUAGCUGGAAUUGAUCGUCCAAGAGCAGUAUCAUUGCGAAGCGAUCGAGGAUCUAGAGCUUUUCCAUCGUUGGAGCUAGACACGGUAGUUGAAGAACGAUCAGAUCCUGAACAAAGCACUGCGUUGGAACUUAGUAGCCCAGAUUAGCAUCCAGUUUUGGUACCACCUAGGUCAGAUUCUUAUUCUCCGUCUCCACGACCAUCGAAAUCAGUGGUACCAUUACCCGUGGAUCACAGUCCUUUAUGGACAACGUUAACAAAUGCCAACACUGUAUCCUCUGCUCCUGGAGAUACCUAGCAGGAAGUGGAAGAGGGCGGUUACAUCGAAGCUCUCGUCCUCGAUUUACCCAUAAUUUACUAAAAAUUUUGGCAUACAUAAUAUUACCAAAUAUUAGCUUGCCGAGAGUGACCCCGUAUAAUUUCAAGAGGGUGAAACACUGUGAAGUUGUACAAUAAAAAAAAGAAAGAAGAACUCGCGGUGAUAAAAUAAUUUGAAGUAUGAAGACAUUAUACAAUAAAAUACGUGUCUUUACAAACAAGUUUUGCACGCGUAUUCAAACUUGACAACUAAAUUUUAUACUGAUAAACUGUACAAUAUUCUGCGGACAGACCGGUUUUUACAACUAUUAAUAAAGUAACAAACACUGCAUUAUUAGUGUAAAUAAAACUUUGUUAACAUCAUGUACAAACGAAAAUCAUAAUGUGUAAAUAAAUGAUUAUAAACUA